AUGGGAAAGGAAAAGGUUGACAUGGGAAGUAGACUGAGGAUUUCUACCAAUGUUGAUAUAAUGUCGGGAGGAUCUCAUCGACUCGAGGCAGAUCCACAUGAUUCUACUGCUUACGAACCAUUGGAACGAUUGUUCCAAGAUCAAUUGCCAAGGAAGUUACCAAGAAGACAGAAAUGUGUACUCAUAUUGAUUUUAAAAUCGUUGAAUUCAACUUUCGAGACAAAAUAUUUGAAGCUUCCUUUCAAACCAGAUGGUCUUAGAUUAGGUAGGCCAGUAGCUGCAAACAAUAAAAACAGCAGUGCAAAUAUAUUGACAACUAACAAGACCGAUAAUGGUAUUGACAAAGAAACGCAACAAUUCCCAAUGGUGAAACCAGAUACAGGGUAUUUCGAUUCAAGAGUUCUUUCAAGAAACCAUGCAGUACUAAGUUGUGAUCCAAAAGAUGGCCAAAUAUAUAUUCGUGAUUUGAAUUCGAGUAAUGGGACAUUUCUAAAUGGCAAAAAAAUCAAGAGCAAUGAAGAAUACGCUGUGAAAGUUGGGGAUGUGAUUGAUCUGGGUACAGAUAUAGAUAACAAGACAGAACACAAAAAAAUUAGUGCGUUCGUUGAAGACAUAGCAUAUAUUCCAAUCCUAUCCAUUGGUGGGGCAAUGAACCGAAUGAUAAAUGAUGAUGUCGAUUUUACAACUAAUGACAAUACUAAUUCCAUGCUAUCUGAAAGAAAUAUCCUUACCAUUAAUACCCGAAUAAAACCAUAUAGUAUACAGUCUGAUAUUACAACCUUGGCUGCAUAUGAAUCGAAUAUAUUGGGGUAUAACAAUCCAUUAAUUUUGGAAGACGCCAUUUUAGGUGUAGAGACAGAAAUGUUAAGUGGAAUUUAUGUGAACAAUUCGAUGGGAACUAGCAGCGAUCUGAUGGACGUUUUUAAAAUAUUGGCUACUGAAAUAUCAUUAAAUAAAUCAGAAGCUCUGACGUGUAAGUCUAUUGAAAAGUAUAUACAGAAUUUCAUUACAAAUAUAGAGUAUCUCAAAAAAUUUAAUAUUGAAAAGAACGACAAUCUCUUAGCAAAAUUGCAAAGUAACCUUAAGGAAACAUUAUCAAAACAACAUACAGAUAAAAUGGAAGCAUUCCAGAAUUUAGUUGAUACAUUAGAAACGGAUAUGGAUGAUUUGAAGAAUAAGAUGAACAUAAAAAAGAUAGAACAUGAAGAGAGCAUUUUGGCCAUAAAAAACGAAAUUGAAGACUUCAAAACAAGGGUAGAAGUAGAGAACUAUAAAAAAUCACAAUUAAAGAAAGGAAAAGGGCAAACUAAUGAAUCAUCUCGAAGCUCUUAUUCUCGAGGAGACUCAUCAUCUUCAUCUUUGUCAAACAGGAACAAUGAUAUGGUUAAUGACACCAAUAGUAAAUCUGAUACGAAUAAUGAAUCUAGCGAGACUAUUUCAAGAAACAACAAAGUUAAUGAAUAUAAAGCAUAUGGAAAAUUACCAAUAACUUCACUCAAAAAUAUUUUAAUAGCAGGAAGCAUUGCAAUUGCAAUUAUAUGGAGUUUCAUAAAAUCUUAA